AUGAUAUUAAAUGAGUCGUAUAAUGCUUCCUUCAAGAUUGGCACAAGAGCUAUCAAAACUGAAAACGGCUCCAGUUCAUCGGGAACAUGGAAGACUCAAGAAAUAGUAAAGAGUUACAAGCAAGAAGACAGUGAUGCUAAUCUUCUUGUGACUAUCGGCUUUAUCACUUGCUCAUGUGCUUUCCUUGCAGUCUCAGGAUUUUUCAUGUUUAAGUAUCGAGUUGCCAAGUACAAGUGGCUGCUAGAAACUGGAAAUUUUGGCUCAACGGAGGAGCUUACUUUGCGUUCAUUCUCUUACAGUGAGCUUAAGAGGUCAACCAACGGAUUCAGGGAAAAUCUAGACCUCCUUUUUAGCCUCAAAAAGUCUCCUGAAUGGAAUGGGAGAGUGAGAUUUGCAUUAGACGGUGCAAGGGAAUUCUUUAUCUCCAUGCUGAAUUUGUUGAUGCCAGAUCAAACAAGAACUUUCACAUUGGUGAGAGGGACUAGAGGUUACAUGGCACCGGAAUGGUCUAAAAAGAUGCCAAUAUCAGUGAAAGCAGAUGUUUACAGUUAUGGAGUUGUGCUGCUGGAAAUUGUUUGCUGCAGAAGAACCAUGGAGGUGGAUCCAUCGAAACCAGAGGAAAUCGUUCUCAUUAAUUGGGUUAACAAAGAGUUGAAUAAGCUCGUCCGUGGCCAAGAAGACUUUAGAGAACAUAGUUAA